CCGAAAAGGGUCGCGGGAAACGUACAUCACUGCAAAAAGCAUCAGAAAGCGAAGAGAGCAUGACAACAAAGACGCAGACGGUUGACUCUGCUGUGGACAAGGCGAAGCGCAGACGGACGAAAGCAUGAUGCGAAGCAAUGUACAGACCUUCUCACCCCCGCAUUUCCCAUCUCUCUUUCCGCUUCGACUUCCGAUGUUGCGCAUCGGCCUCUUGAUUUUUCUUGAACCCGAUCGGCGCCAUGGAGGACGAAGAUGCCUGUAUCAUACUCUUCUAGCAUAGAUCGCUCAACAUGGCCGUAGAUAAUCCCCAUACCGAAGUCAACGGUCGCCCCACCGUAGAGGCUCGCGAUCCCGAGGGGUCAGGUGAGGAAGAAGCUCAAGAUGAUUCUGCCAAUCAAGCUUCCGCUUCCAGCAGCAAGAAGAAGAAGUCGAACAAGAAGAAGAAGAAAUCUUCCUCCUCAUCUGCUGCGAACGAUCACCCUACAUCGAGUAUCGACUCCAGUCUGACCAUGCCCUCCGGUAUAGAGCAGCACUACUUCGAUCCAGUGAAGGGCAAGGGUCUGCUAGCUACGAGGGAUUUUGCAGAGGGAGAGACAGUCUUCACCGAUUCUGCCUUUGUUUCUGCACCUCCCAUGGCUCAGGCGAAGAAGGUGGCAGGGGGAGAGCUGUGCAAUGCCUGCUUUCAGCCGGUGGAUGGAGCAGGGGUAGGGAGAAAUACAGGGUGCAAGGGAAAGGAUUGUCAGGCGGUGUGGUGUAAUAGGGAGUGUGAGAGCCGGGGUAGGACGGCGCAUCACAACGUCCUGUGCAAGGGCAAUAAUCCCGCCAUAGUACCCUUUGUCAACUUCAUGUCCACCCAUCCCUUCCUCUCCCUCCACUCGGUAGCGCGCCUGUACGCACGCAUCCUCCUCUGCCACUCGCCUACCCCGCCCGAAUCUCUCAUCAAGCCUUCCAGGCCGGCGACUGUCGAGGAGACUCUAGGCCACACUUCGGCCUUUGCUUCCAUUUCGGAGCUGGUGAGGAGGAAACGCAAUCCCGGGUGGGAAGUGGAGAAGCAGGCCUUUGAGCUCACGUUCAAGGAGGCGCUCAAGCUGCUCAAGGAAGGCAUGGACCCCUAUGACGAGGCUAGAAUUGCGAGGGGUGAACAGGGAGGAAUUCGCGGAAAGGGAAAGUGGACAGUGAAUCCAGACUUCCCGAGGGAUGUGGCUCAGCAACUCUUUGGUUGGGAAGGCUUCAUGCGCUCUCUUGGGCGAGCUAACCUCAACAUGGAGUCUCAAGGCUCCCUGUACUGCAUCCACUCGCAUCUGAACCACUCUUGCGCUCCCAACCUCUCUACUCAACACCCACCCUCCCAGAGAGGUAUCCGACAAGCUACGAAGCUAAAGCUCAUGGCCAACAAGCCCAUCAAAGCUGGCGAGGAACUCCUCAUCACCUACCAAGAUCCCUCUCAGUCCGUGACCAGACGUAAUCUUCUCCUCUGGAGGGAGCACAUCUUCGGUCCUUGCGAAUGUCCACGCUGCGAAAAGGAAAUGGGCGAGCUGGACGAAGAGGAGCGGGAGAGGCUGAAGCGCUUUGAGAUGACUAGUGAGGACAAGGAGGAGGUGAAGUUGAGGAGGAAGCAGGCCGAGACGCUGCAGAAGGAGGGUGAGAAGCGGGCGGCAGGAGAGAAGGAUCUCAGAGGGCUGGAAGAGGAGCUGAGGGAGACGCUGGGCUUCUGAGCCGCUCGUACAGAAUGCAGCGUCAGCAUCUGUCUCAGAUACCCAGCAUUAGAUUGGAAUUGCACAUGAAAUGUAACUGCGUA